AUGGCAGACGAACCAUUAUUCUCAUUAGAAAUGGGUGAAAAUCGCAGGUCAUCGAAUGAUAACGAUGAUGAUGAUAAUCGUUUUAUUGAUAAUGAUACUGGUGCUGACCCAUCACAAUCAAACGAAAUGGAAACAGUACAAAUAACUGAACGAACAGUUAAUCCACGCGGAGAAAAAACUUCGCCUCAUGAUUUUCAACUAUUAAAAGUGCUAGGAAAAGGGGGAUAUGGAAAAGUUUUUCAAGUAAAAAAAUUAUUUGGUACUCAUCAAGGUGAAAUAUUUGCCAUGAAAGUUUUGAAAAAAGCGACAAUCGUUCGUAACGCAAAAGAUACUGCACAUACAAAGGCUGAAAGAAAUAUUCUUGAAUGUGUUAAAUGUCCAUUUAUUGUUGAUCUUAUAUAUGCAUUUCAAACAGGUGGAAAAUUAUAUUUAAUAUUAGAAUAUCUAUCAGGCGGUGAAUUAUUUAUGCAAUUAGAACGUGAAGGAAUUUUUUCCGAUGAUAUGGCUUGGUCAAUUUGUUUUCUUUUUGGAAAAUCUAAAGAUCUUAAACCAGAAAAUAUAUUACUUGAUGGUCAAGGUCAUGUAAAACUAACCGAUUUCGGUUUAUGUAAAGAAUCUAUCUAUCAUGGUGGACAAACAAAUACAUUCUGCGGUACGAUUGAAUAUAUGGCACCAGAAAUUUUAACUCGGAGUGGUCAUGGCAAAGCCGUUGAUUGGUGGUCGUUUGGUGCAUUGAUGUAUGAUAUGCUAACGGGUGCUCCACCAUUCACAGCCGAGGAUCGUCGACGAACGAUGGACAAAAUAAUAAAAGCAAAGUUAAUUUUGCCAGCAUAUUUAACUAUUGAUGCAAGAGAACUAAUUCGAAACCUACUUCGCCGGCAAGUCAGUCAUCGACUUGGCAGUGGACCUGAAGAUGCUGAAACCAUAAAAAGUCAUUCAUUUUUUGGCCACUUAAAUUGGAAUGAAGUAUACGCAAAACGAUAUGAACCCCCAUAUAAGCCGAUUCUCAAAAGUGAGGAUGAUGUUAGUCAAUUUGACACAAAAUUUACUAAGCAAACACCUGUCGAUUCGCCCGAUGAUAACAUGCUAAGUGAAAGUGCUAAUCAAGUUUUUCUUGGUUUUACUUAUGUUGCUCCAUCGAUUAUUGAAGAUAUGAGUAGAUUAGAUUUUAGUAAUAUUGGACAUCGAUCACCACGAAAAGUCUUUCCACCAGAAUUACUUUCCCAUGCGUUACAUUUAAAAAUUCCUGAAUCAAAUACUAUUAAUGAUCAGUCGAGUGCUACAGCAAUAGAAUCGAAGGAUACCGCUGAUAACUCAUUAUCAAGAACAGUCAGAUCGUCCACACUCAAUAGAUGUCAAUCAAAUAAAUCAAAAAGUCCAGGAAAUAUGUUUAGAAAAUUUUUUCAUCGUCGUCGUCGUCGUCGUAGUGCCAGUCGUUAG